AUGGUUGCCAUCACUCAAGUUCUGUUCACCGGCCUGUCCGUUCUUUUGAUGGCUCGGAACGUGGGUGCCUCCCCCCUCGAAGAAUCCGACUCCUUAGCUCUGCGAGACAUCUCCGACAGCUACCCAGACGAGGUCUUCUACGAAAAGCGUGCGACAGGAAAACUUCCUAAGCCCAUUCUCAAGGCUGGGCGAGCUGCCAUUAAGCUCGGCUCAAAGCUUCCCCGUCCCGUAAAGAAGCAUGCCAAGAUCGCCGCCGAUGCCGCAAUCAACAAAGCUGUGAAGACUUCAUUCGCGGUGUCUCGCAUGAAGAAUAAGGUCAAGAAGAAGUUCCGUGGCAAGCGCGAUCUUGAGGAGCUCUCCAACCUGAUCACCCGCGAGAUCAUGAACAAUCUGGAGAACGAUCUUUUCUUCGAGAGGCGUGCGACAGGAAGACUACCCAAGCCAAUCAUCAAGGCUGGGCGAGCUGCCAUGAAGGUCGGCUCAAAGCUUCCCCGUCCUAUAAAGAAGCAUGUCAAGGCCGCUGUCAAUGGCGCAAUCAACAAAGGUGUGAAGGCUUCAUUCGCGGUGUCUCGAAAGAAGAAUCAGAUUAAGAAGAAGCUCGGUGGCAAGCGUGAUCUUGGAGAGGAUUAUGACUUCGAGGUCCGUGACUAUGAUGACGAGAUCUCGUGGGAGUAA